CGGGGGCCCGCGGGGGCUCGGCGUUCCCGCCUCGGGUUUCCCGGGGCGCCGGCGACAUUCCAGGCGGGUCCCGGGCUCCACACGUGGGGCGCGCUUCCCAAGCCCACUUCUGUUGUCCGCACCGAAAGGACGCGGGCCCGCAGGCCUGUGGCCUCAGCCGGCCUCAGUUUCCCCAUUUGCAAAACCGCAGAGUUGACCCACGCAGCUCGUGGUGGGGCACCUGAGGCGGCUGCCGCAGACUCCCGUGUGCAGUGAGGCUUGGAGGACCCCGGGCGUCUAGCUGUUUUGGGGUUCCUUCUGUUUGGGGGUAGAGUGGCUGCAGUCCUGGCAAGGAAGAGGGUGUCUGAGGUUCCCCCCGCCCCCCGCCACAUCCUGUCCAUUGGAAAGCCGCCUGAGGUGGACAUGUUUAAAAGACCCCUCCCCAAAACGAGGUCCUAACAUUGAUAGAUUGAGAUUUUGCCUAGAAAAAGAAAGGAAACAUUACGAAGGUAAGUUAGUUUUACCCUAGGUUACCAAUAGCUCCUUUCUUUUUUAAAUAUUUUUUUUUAUAUGAAAGCCAGAGUUAGGGGCAGUCAGAGAUAUCUUCCGUCUAUUGGUUCAUUCCCCAGCUGGCUACAGUGGCUGAGGCUGGGCCAGGAGCCUCUGCCACGUCUCCCACGUGGAUGCAGGGACCCAGGGACUUGGGCCAUCCUCCACUGCUUUCCCAGGCGGAUUAGCAGGGAGCUGGAUCUGAAGUGGAGCGAGUGGGCCUGGACCCAGCACCCAUAUGGGAUGCCUGCCGACCUGGGAAGCAGGCUUAGUCUGCUGAGCUGUGCGUGAUACCACUCCUAGCCCACAGCAGAUCCUAACUGCAGCCAAGGACCCAUUAGAGUGAAGGGAGAAGGUGUCAAAUGCUGAUGUUUGAAGUCUUUGUUUCCUCAACAAAGUCCAGGAGGGAUCAUCCUUCCCUUCCGACCUCAUGUUCCUGCAGCAAGGAGAAGUCUUCAACGGCCUCCCCAAGCCCCAAGGGUCACUUUGCGCGCUUCAGUGGGGCAGCGGUUCUCCUUGGGAGGGCUUGGCCACUUCCUUCCCAGAUGUUGUGGCCGGCGGCUGCCCUGUUCCUCUGAUACUGCUUCUGAGAAUUUGGCGAGAUAGCAUGCAUUUUGCAAGACCCGCAGUUCUGCUUGUCCGUUCACUUGCUUCGUGUCUUACAUGCAGGGCUGCACCUGCUCGCCGGCUGGCGUCAGCUGUCCCUGGGGCCGUGUGGCUCCCAUCAGCGCUGGUGGCCGGUCUGGAAUUGUGUGGCUGCUCUGGCCUUUGUUUCCUGUGGCCUCUUGGACUUGUGAGAUGCAGAUGCUGGGAGCUCAGAGGACAAGGGCACAGUCAUCAUAGAACUGGGGGAAGCAAGGCUUAGAGGGGUUUUGUCUUGUCCUCAGACAGCCUGCAGGUGAGAGCCUGGGACCAGGAGCCCAGAGCUCGUUGCAGGAAAGGGAUGAAGGUGGCGGAGGUUGGGUUGAUGGCAGACCUCAGCUGGGCCCUCUCUGCCAAGACAGGAGGCUGUGAGCUUGUGCUGGGGGUGUCCUUUGCAGGAGGUAGUGGGAGAAGCACCCUCUGACUGUGGGAGCCGAGGUGAGUGCUGGCUGUAGUCUGGGCAGCUCCCCCUCGGCCAAGUUCAGUUUGCUGCCACCCUAUGAGCUGGGUGUUGCAUGGUGAGGACGGUGAAGACCAGAAGUCAAGUGACUGGCCCAGGGUGACAUGGGAGGGCCCGGAGCCCAGAGCCCAGAAAUGACUCUACAUUUUGCCGUUGUCACUUCUGUUCCUAAAACGACACCUCCAGGUCCCUCUUUGAAUGCAACACCUGUGUGACGUCAGCGGCCCCCAGGAGGCAGGGUUUGGACCGAGGGCUGGUGCAGUGUUUCCCACACGUCAGCUGUACUCUCUCCUGCGUCACCGCUGCUUGCCACCAAUGUGCACCACUCGUAUUCUUGGUUUUUAAUUUGAUUAAAGAAAGCAAGAGAGAGAGAGAGAGAGAGAGAGAAGGAGAGGGAGAGGCAAAGGUAGAGGCAGAGGGAGAGGGACGGAGAGGGAGAGAGACAACCCUUCCACUGAUUUCACUCUCCAACUGCCUGUAAUGGCCAGCAUUGGGCUAGAGCCAGGAAUUCCAUCGGGGUCUCCCAUGUGUGUGACAGGAGCCUAAUAACUUGAGCCAUCACCAGCCCCCUCUCGGGUCUGCACUGGUGGGGCCUGGAGGCAGGAGCCGGAGCUGUGACUUGAACCUGGGCCCUUCAGCAGAGGACAGGGGCGUCUCGAAUGCCCACUCUUUGUGCCCUUCUUUUCCUUGAAAUCAUUUUACUUCUUAGGACCUGAGGCUACCGGAAGGGACUCUUUCCUAUCGCGAGAGUAAACAGGACAUCUGUGCAAGGUGCCUGAAAUAGAAGGAAGUCACAGCAACAAACAGCAUGCCAACAAAGCGUCAUGAAAAAUCCAGCCGGAAACUCCAUUACAAAGGGACGUGAUGUGUACACCCGUGUCCAUAGCAGCAUCAUUCAUGAUAGUCAGAAGGCAGAAGCAGAGCCGGCGCCGUGGCUCACUAGGCUAAUCCUCCGCCUAGCGGCGCCGGCACACCGGGUUCUAGUCCCGGUCAGGGCGCCGGAUUCUGUCCCGGUUGCCCCUCUUCCAGGCCAGCUCUCUGCUGUGGCCCGGGAGUGCAGUGGAGGAUGCCCCAGGUGCUUGGGCUCUGCACCCCAUGGGAGACCAGGAAAAGCACCUGGCUCCUGGCUCCUGCCAUCGGAUCAGCGCGGUGCGCCGGCCGCGGCGGCCAUUGGAGGGUGAACCAACGGCAAUGGAAGACCUUUCUCUCUGUCUCUCUCUCUCUCACUGUCCACUCUGCCUGUAAAAAAAAAAAAAAAAAAAAAAAAAAAAAAAAAAAAAAGAAGGCAGAAGCAGCCCAUGUGUCCAUCCACCGGUGAAUGGAUACAUAAAAUAAGACGUAUGGUACGAGUGUGCACGUGUGCGCACAGUGGGCUAUUGUUCAACCUUUAAAUGGAAGGCAGCGCUGAGACUACAACACAGGAUGGACCCGGGGGACAUGUCCCGAACGGACAGGUGCUGUGGGAGUCCACUCACAGGAAGUGCCUCGUCGUCAAGUUCACAGAAACAGAAAGCAGAGCGGUGGUUGCCAGGGCCAAGGAGAAGGAAGAAUGGGGUUUUUGUCUAAUGGGCAGGAGUUUCAGUCUGAGACGCUGACAGAGUUUCGGUGAUGGAUGGCAGCACCACAGCGGGACCCGACUCUGCCGCUGCACUGAACACUUAAAAGUGGCCCAAAUGGUAAAACUUAUGUUACGAUGGUUUUAUGGCCACAGCAUUUUUAAAUGAGAUAUUGUUAUUGAUGGCUAAUAAAAGAUGGAGAAGAAGGGGGGGGGCGUCAGUGUGAGAAAGGAUUGAAGACAAUUCGGUCCUACACGGAGGCUUCUGCCAGAUGCAGCCACAGUUGAGAAGGAGUUGAAAAAUCAGAGACUUUACCAUGGCGUGACUCAGUUCAUCUGAUGUCCUGCUGGGGGUCCUUCUCGGGUCCUCUUGCACACAGCCAGGGUGAGCACGCAGCCUCCAGGGGGAGACCCGACCCUAGGGAUGCUGUGAGGCCCUCCUGCCUGGCUGGGGAGCGAAUAGGGCGCUGGCAGGUCUCCUGGAGCUUAAGCAUCCAGAAUGUUCUGUGGGAGAGCUGGAGGCAGAGAAGCCUCCGGGGAGGGUGUAGGACUCAAGCUGAGGUGUGGGGGUGGUGAGGAGGCGGAGGGCUGCACAGGGCCCGGGCUGUCGCAGCGGGGCCAGAGCGGGGAGGGAGGUGUGAGGGUGGGAAGCCCACCCGUAACAGGGUGGCAGCAGCAGUUGCACGGGGUUAGGCUCCAAAGGCAACCGGGAACCACCACCCGCUUCUGAGCAGGGGAGUAGCUUGGAAGUGAGUUCCCGAAUUGGAAUCCCACGGCCGAGUAACGGGCCCUCCGCGCUGAGGCCCAGCAUAGUGCACCUGCUACGGUCCCAGGCUGGGGGAUGGAGGCGCUGCGGGGUCCUCAGGAUCUGAGAACAGCCCCGGACUCACACGCAGCCUCAGGAAGGAGGUGGCCGGAGCGCUCAGAACGAAGGCCCUAUAACGGAGACUCUGCUUGUGGGCAAGAAAACCCUAGGGCAGAGGAGGGCAAGGGCUUCCUCGAGUCCUGUGCUGGCCGUGUGGCCAGGAUGUCGAGACACAGGUGCACUGGCGUCCCUGGGAAAUCUCAGCCCUGCAGCUCUGCUGCUGGGGAUCUGGCUGCCUCCAUCAGGCAGUCCUCCUGCCCCGUCCUCAGAGGCCACCUGUGGGCCAGGCUGGCACCAAUGCUGCAAGCGCCAUGCACGGGGGCAGUCCCCAGGGAGACCCUGCCAGGGCCUGUCUGCUCUCUCCUUUGGCUGUACCUCCCCCUCACCCCUGGGCAGAAGAGCCUGCUCCUGAGUCAUGGCUUCCCCAGGCAGUCUGGAUGGGUCCAGGUAUGAGGGCCCUGGCUCCCCUUCCAACACACCACCUCCCCCUCUUUCCUGGGGGCUCUGCAACCUGCGGCUGCUGUGGGGCAGCCUCAUGCAGGCCCCUGACCUGGGGAGAAGCUGGCCAGCUGUGCGGCCUCCUGUUCUGGCCACACUUUCUGAGCUCUGCUCCCUGGGAGGCCUUUCCCACAUGGCUGUGCCCUGGCAGCUCGGGGCUGGGGGCUGGUCCUCGCCGGGCGGGCAGCAGGUGCUCUGGAAAGCCUGCAGCUCCACGGAGCGCCGGCAACGUGGGCCUUCCCUUGCCUAAACCCCACACUGCUCCGCAAGGGGGCGCUGCCAUCACCACCGUCUUCCAGAGGGGUAAAGGACUACAGAGCACUUCACUUGCCCCAAGUCACCCAGCCCGCACAUGGUGGCCUUGGGACUUGUGCCCAAGCGGUGUGACCCAGCCGUAGCCUGAGGCCCUUGCUGUCACCAGAGCCACCGUCUGUCUGUCUGUCUGUCGUUCUUCCUUUCCUGUAGCUGGCGAGACCGAGGCCCAGGGAGGUGAUGUCUCUCGCCCCAGGGCACGAGCUGAGGUGGGGGUUGCCUGGUCCUGGGGCACCACCUUGGAGGUGCAGCCGGCUCCAGGGAGCGCAGCAGGCCCUGCGGAGGUGAGGUGAAGAGGGGAACCGGCACGACCAGCAGCCCAGAGGAAGCCACGCGGCCGCUGCAGGCCACAGAAGUGAAACACAGCGGCCAGCGGCCAGGACAGCAGCCCAGAGGCGGGCGCAGCCUCCCAGGGCAGGUGCGGAUCCUGGAGGAGACCUGGGCUCGGGGCAUGGAUCGCUGUGGGGAGCUUGUCCUCUGCCUGUGGCUUCUGACUUCUCUGGGCGGGACAACAGAGACAUCAUCAGAAGAAAUCCAGAGCCAGAUGCGCAAGAUGGAGGUGGUGGAGCAGCCUGCUGCAGCUCAGCAUGUGCACCGGCUGGAGCAGAUGCUGCUGAACGCCAGCUUCCAGGGCCACAACCUGACUGUGCAGACAUCCACCAUCCAGGCCCUGGUCUUCCGGCUGGGCUGCAACUUCACCGGCCUCUCGCUGGGCAGUGCCACUCCAGAACAGGUGCGCCGGCCUGUCCGUGGCCCCGCGCAGGCCCGGCCUGGGCACUCCAUGCAGUUCCCCGCCGAGCUGACCCAGGAAGCCUGCAGGAGCCGCCCCAAGAGUCUGCGGCUCAUCUGCGUCUACUUCCUCACCACCCACUUCUUCCAGGAUGGCGACAGCUCGACCCUGCUCAACAACCACGUGGUGGGCGCCCAGCUGGAUGGCGGGCGCGUGCACGGCCUCAAGGAGCCGGUCAACAUCAGCUUCUGGCAUAACCGCAGCCUGGAAGGCUACACAGUGACCUGUGUCUUCUGGAAGGAGGGCGACGACGGGCGCCCCUGGGGGACCUGGAGCCCUGACGGCUGUCGCACAGAGCUUCCCUCCCCUUCCCUGGUGCUCUGCCAAUGCGACCACCUCACCUACUUCGCUGUCCUCAUGCAAUUCUCCGGCACCCGCGUGCCCGCGGAGCUGCUGGCGCCUCUCACCUACAUCUCCCUCGUGGGCUGCAGCAUCUCCGUGGUGGCCUCGCUGCUCACUGUCGGGCUGCAUUUCCACGCCAGGAAGCAGAGUGACACCACGACGCGCAUCCACGUGAACCUGCACGCCUCCGUGCUGCUCCUCAACGUGGCCUUCCUGCUGAGCCCGGCGCUGGCCGGGGGCCCCGCGCCCGGGGCUGCGUGCACGGCGCUGGCCGCCGGCCUGCACUACGCGCUGCUCAGCUGCCUCACCUGGGUGGCCAUCGAAGGCUUCCACCUCUACCUGCUGCUCGGGCGCGUCUACAACAUCUACGUCCGCAGAUACGUGUUCAAGCUGUGCGCGCUGGGCUGGGGGCUCCCCGCCCUGCUAGUGCUGCUGCUCCUGGCUGCCAAGAGCUCCGUGUACGGACCCCAGACGAUCCCCAUCGCCAACAACCUGGGCAACAGCACAGGCUUCCAGAACGUGUCCAUGUGCUGGCUGCGGAGCCCGGCCAUCCACAGCGUCUUGGUCAUGGGCUAUGGCGGCCUCACGUCCCUGUUCAACCUGGUGGUGCUGGCCUGGGCCCUGCGGGCCCUGCGCAGGCUGCGGGCGCGGGAGAAGACACGGGGCUCCCGGGCCUGCCGCGACACCGUCCUGGUGCUGGGUCUCACCGUACUGCUGGGCACCACCUGGGCCCUGGCCUUCUUCUCCUUCGGCGUCUUCCUGGUGCCGCAGCUCUUCCUCUUCACCAUCUUCAACUCGCUCUAUGGUUUCUUCCUCUUCCUCUGGUUCUGCUCCCGGAGGUGCAGCUCUGAGGCAGAGGCCAAGGUGCCGAUGGAGGCCCCCAGCUCCUCCCAGAUGGUGCUGUAGCCCCACCUCCCCGGCUGUCCCAGGGAAGGUAGCUGGCCUGCUGCUGGCCACCGGCACCGCUGUGACCCCAGGGACCUUCUCCAGCUCCAUGAGUGCCCCAGGGACAGAGGGCACGGCGUGUCCUCCUGCUCCAGGCUGGCCCGGGAGUCAGGGCCACAUUUCCAGGAGUGGUGCUGCGUCUCCCUGUGUGAUCUUCCCUGCCACUUCCCAGGGACCCUGGGUUUCCACAUAUGUGGCGUGAGAGCAAGAGGCUGUGGUCCUGCUUAACUGAUGAGCUGGGAGACAUCGAAUGCCUUGGAGGGUGGGUGGGGAUUCUCCCUGGCCUCACCCUGUGCUGCCAUCUACCUGCGGGGGCUGGAAUUGCGACCAGCCAGCCCUGGAAACACCGCCCAGCCCUGCCCAGCCUCCUCCUGGGGACGUGGGAUGGCACCUGGCCAGGGUCCCCUGUUCUUUAGCUCCCCGAAUUACGAUGACUGUAAUGCCAAGCCUACCCUUCCCAAACACGGGCGAGUCCAGCCCUGCUCACAGGCUCCUCGUCCAGUGCUCCCGAGAGCCCGGUGGACUUCCAUGGGGGCGGAGGGAGCAGCCCUUCCCUUCCAGCUGAGCCAGCUGGGCCCCAGGGAGCCGGUUCUUUGAUGGUUGGGAUGGAUUGGAUUUCCCCUGGCGGGCUUGAGGGUGUGGGUUCCGGAUCCUGAGCCACAGAGGUAGGGGUCAGCCUUGCCAGAGACCUGUCUGACCUCGCGGGAGACACGCUUCGGAAGCCAGUGCUUUUCCCAGGAUGGACGCCAGGGGUCGCUGUUGGCCUGUGCUCAGAGGCUGGCGGCUCCAACACGGCAGGGAGAAAUGGUGCUGUCUCCUGUGCGUGGACGUGACGCCCCAGCUGGAGACCACGGUACCUCUAGGACCGCACCUGCUGAGAGUUUACACUGCUGCUUGUCUCCUUUCCAAAAGCAGCUCCCGAGGUUACUCCUGGGGGCUGUGCCCUGGGCGUGCCUGGCACACAUGGAAAGACUCAGGGCCCUGCCCCCAGCCGGCAGGUGGAUUUUAUGACCUUGAAUGUCCCAUCAAGGUGGCUGGAGCGUUGUCCCUGUCCUCCUAGGAGGGCCCUCUGCCCUUGUCUACAUUCAUACACAGAACUCAUCACCAGGUGUCGAGUGGUAUAAAACGCCAGCUCUGCCUGUGGCUGGCUGUGUGAUGGCAGAUAAGUCUCUCUGUGCAGCUGGGGCCCCAUGAUUGGAUGAGAGAACCCAUCCCCCGGGGGGGUGGGAGCUCAGCCCGGAGCAGCUGCUCGGGGCGGCUGGGGCUUUGUCAGUGCUUGACCAGGGUCCGCUAUGUUGGCUGCAGCUCUGAGGCCGACCCGCUGGAGCCAGGCCUGGGUCCGCGCCACCUCGCUGGCCUGGCUGCUCCCCCUUUUCCCCGAGGGGCCUCUGCUGCAGCCUUGCCGCUCCUUUCCAGGGAUUCCCGCCCCCCCCCCCCCACCCAGUGCGGUGCUGUCAUCUGGGUAAGUUCCUGGGGGGCCAUUUAUCAGAUCUUCCAGAAAACCUCCCCACGUCCCCCAUGGAAAAGGCCCCCUCGCUCUGACCCCAGGCCUAGCGUGGCGCCGCCCCCACCGAGUCACCGUUCACGCUCCCCUGGUUUGGCCGGGCUCCGAGUCGCAGCAGGUCCCAGGCCUUGGGGGACCCCUGCUAACAAGACCAGCCUCGACGGCUGGUCGAGGCGUCCCACGGGCCUCUGUGGAGGGGUUUGUGUUCUCUGACUACUGUUUCAGCAAGGAGUAAGCGUGCUCAGCGGUGGGGGUAGGGCUGGACGAGGAGUUGCCAGAGCAAAUACAGGAUGCCUGAUUUUGGGAAGAAUUUUGGAAUAAAACCGUGCUUGCCAUUUGUCUGA